AUGAAAUUAGUAGUUAGCAAAACCGUCUUAAAUGCAUUACCCCUUUUAUUAAUAUUAUUAUCUAUAUGUACAUGUAAUAUUUUGAUAAGUUCAAAAAAGUUAAAUUAUACUAAAGGGGGAAAACAUGCAUACAAUUAUAAUGCUUGGCAAAAAAAUGGUAUAAAUAAAUACUUUUAUAUUCAUAACUGGAAAAAAAGAAAACGAACAAAUUACAAACUUCAUCAUUACAAGCUUUGCUCUAUUUUUUCAAUAUUUAAAAAGCAAAAUGAUGAGAAAAAUGCUAAUGAAACAACAAAAAAAAAUGUCCCUCUCAUUACGAAUCAGACUACUAUUCCAAAAGGCAAUAUUCAGAAAGGUGGAAUCAAUGGAAAGAACAAUACUGGGAAUAUAAUCAAAAGUGAAACAGAAAAAUCAAAGAAAAUUGAUAUAAAUAAAAACGACGAAAAUAAUAAGAUUAGCCAUAAAAUUGAGGAAUAUCCUGAAAUUGUGUUAGACUUAAAUAAAAAUCCCCAAGAUGCUCUUAAAAAUAUACAAAAAUAUACAGAGCAUUUAAAAAAUGUUAUGGAUAAAAUGAUAAACUUAUUAAAUAAUAUAUUUUUUUAUAAAACCAAAUUUAUAGAAAAAGAUAAAGAUUUCAAAAAAUUUUUUGAAUAUAUUUUUAAAGAAUUUGAAAAAAAUUAUAAAAAAAUUACAUAUAUUAACGAAAUAGAAAAGAUGCAUUAUGAAAAUACUAAAAAUGAAUAUUAUUUAGCUAACUAUAAAUAUUUUGUAAAAAUAGCAAAUAUAAUUGAAGAGCAUUUAUUACACAUAUUAAAAUUAAAAUUACAACUUUUAAAAUUAAAAGCUUUAAAUGAUAUUAAAGAUAUAAUUUCUAAACACACCAAUAAUACAGAAUAUGUUUCUUUCUAUAAUAAUAUAAAUAAUAUUUUUGUUUCUUUUGAAAAAGAGUUAAAUAAUUUACAACCAAAUAAAUAUAUUUUUACUAUAUAUGACAAUAUAAAAGAAAAAAAAAGUAACAUGCUAAUAAAUUUUAAUUAUGACAUAUCUAUUGAUAAAUAUCAAAAUGUUAUUAAAAAAAUUAUAGACUAUCUUAAAAAAUUUUCACAAGAUCUAACAAAAAAAAAAAAAAAAAAAUUUUAUAAAGACAUUGAAAAAAAUGAGCAUUAUGAAAAUAUAUUAAGAGUAAUAGAUAAUCAGCAAAAACAAAUAGAAGUGUUACAAGAGCAAUUAGAAUCAUCUAUUGAUGGAUCAAAUGGAAAAUAUUCCCCUUUUUACUGUUCUAUUGCUUAUAGGAUACCCGAUACAAAUUUAAAUAUAUCUACGCAAUAUCUUAAAAAAAAAUUCAAUAUAAAAUUAAAUUGCAUUCCCGAUGAUUCUAUGCAUCUAUUGGGGUCAUAUGGAUUCGUUAAAGCUCUCCCUUUUGGUAAUCUUGGACUUUCUUUUUCGUUAAAUUUUUAA